AUGAUUACGCUAACAGAGCUGAAAUGUUUAGCAGACGCCCAGUCAUCUUAUCACAUCCUAAAACCAUGGUGGGACGUCUUCUGGUAUUACAUUACCCUGAUCAUGCUGCUGGUGGCCGUGCUGGCCGGAGCUCUCCAGCUUACACAGAGCAGGGUUCUGUGCUGUCUUCCAUGUAAGGUGGAAUUUGACAAUCACUGUGCCGUGCCUUGGGACCUCCUGAAAGCCAGCGCAAACACAUCCUCUGAUCCUGGGACACCGCUCCCACUUCCCCUCAGAAUCCAGAAUGACCUCCACCGACAGCAGUACUCCUACAUCGAUGCUGUCUGUUACGAGAAACAGCUCCAUUGGUUCGCCAAGUUUUUCCCCUACCUGGUGCUCUUGCACACACUCAUCUUUGCAGCCUGCAGCAACUUUUGGCUUCACUACCCGAGUACCAGCUCCAGGCUCGAGCAUUUUGUGGCCAUCCUUCACAAGUGCUUCGACUCCCCGUGGACCACGCGUGCCCUGUCCGAAACAGUGGCCGAGCAGUCGGUGAGGCCCCUGACACUCUCCAAGUCCAAGGUUCUGCUUUCGUCCUCAGGGUGUUCAGCCGACGUCGAUUCCAGCAAGCAGUCAUUGCCCUACCCACAGCCUGGCUUGGAGUCGGCCAGCAUAGAAAGCCCAACUUCUAGCGUCCUGGACAAGAAGGAGGGCGAACAGGCCAAAGCCAUCUUUGAAAAAGUGAAAAGGUUCCGCAUGCACGUGGAGCAGAAGGACAUCAUUUAUAGAGUGUAUCUGAAGCAGAUCAUAGUGAAAGUCAUUUUGUUCAUCCUCAUCAUAACUUAUGUUCCAUAUUUCCUAACCUACAUCACUCUGGAAAUCGACUGUUCCAUUGACGUGCAGGCUUUUACAGGAUACAAGCGCUACCAGUGUGUCUACUCCUUGGCGGAAAUAUUUAAGGUCCUGGCUUCAUUUUAUGUCAUUUUGGUUAUACUUUACGGUCUCACCUCCUCUUACAGCUUGUGGUGGAUGCUGAGGAGUUCUCUGAAGCAAUAUUCCUUUGAGGCGUUGAGAGAGAAAAGCAACUACAGCGAUAUCCCUGACGUCAAGAAUGACUUCGCCUUCAUCCUCCAUCUGGCCGAUCAAUAUGAUCCUCUUUAUUCCAAACGCUUCUCCAUAUUCCUCUCGGAGGUCAGUGAGAACAAACUAAAACAGAUCAACCUCAAUAACGAAUGGACGGUUGAGAAACUGAAAAGUAAGCUUGUGAAAAAUUCCCAGGACAAGGUAGAACUGCACCUUUUUAUGCUAAAUGGUCUUCCAGACAACGUCUUUGAGCUGACAGAAAUCGAAGUGCUCAGCCUGGAGCUUAUCCCGGAGGUCAAGCUGCCCUCCACAGUCUCGCAGCUGGUCAACCUCAAGGAGCUUCAUGUGUACCAUUCAUCCCUGGUGGUAGACCAUCCAGCGCUGGGCUUUCUGGAGGAGAAUUUAAAAAUCCUCCGCCUGAAAUUUACUGAAAUGGGGAAGAUCCCACGCUGGGUAUUUCACCUGAGGAAUCUCAAAGAACUUUAUCUGUCAGGCUGUGUUCUACCUGAGCAGUUGAGUACCAUGCAAUUGGAGGGCUUUCAGGACUUAAAAAACCUGAGGACCCUCUACUUGAAGAGCAGCCUCUCCCGGAUCCCUCAAGUCAUUACAGACCUCCUGCCUUCUCUGCAGAAGUUAUCCCUUGAUAAUGAGGGAAGCAAGCUGGUUGUGUUGAACAACUUGAAAAAGAUGGUCAAUCUGAAAAGCCUAGAGCUUAUCAGCUGUGACCUGGAACGCAUCCCACACUCCAUUUUCAGUCUGAACAAUUUGCAUGAGUUAGACCUAAAAGAAAAUAACCUUAAAACUGUGGAAGAGAUUAUUAGCUUUCAGCAUCUCCAGAACCUUUCCUGCUUAAAGUUGUGGCACAAUAACAUUGCUUAUAUUCCUGCCCAGAUUGGGGCACUAUCUAAUCUAGAGCAGCUCUCUUUGAACCAUAAUAAUAUUGAGAAUCUGCCCCUACAGCUUUUCCUAUGCACCAAACUACAUUAUUUGGAUCUAAGCUAUAACCAUCUGACCUUCAUUCCGGAAGAAAUCCAGUAUCUGAGUAAUUUGCAGUACUUUGCCGUGACCAACAACAAUAUUGAGAUGCUACCAGAUGGGCUGUUUCAGUGCAAAAAGCUGCAGUGUUUACUUUUGGGGAAAAAUAGCCUGAUGAGUUUGUCCCCUCACGUGGGUGAGCUGUCGAACCUUACUCAUCUGGAGCUCAUUGGUAAUUACCUGGAAACACUCCCUCCUGAACUAGAAGGGUGUCAGUCCCUAAAACGGAGCUGUCUGAUUGUCGAGGAGAAUUUGCUCAACACUCUUCCUCUCCCUGUAACAGAACGCUUGCAGACGUGCUUAGAUAAAUGUUGA